GAGUGGAUGGAGGAGGGCCGGAUUUGCUCCGCAGAGACCACCUUGAGGAAAACCAAGGGAGGGGGCCCUCCAAACGCGCUCGUCCCCUCUGCCCCACCUGCACCCUCGGAGGCGCUGGACUUGCGGCUGAUGGAGCUUGUAGUUCGCCGACCGGGCCGGCGCCAGAUCGGGGGGCGGGCGAGGAUGCUUCUUGGAGGAAGCAGCGAACGCCUCCGCUCCGAUCCAGAGCGGGACGCGCUGGCGGGGAGUUGGGAGAGGAAAGGGUUCGCCUUCCCGGAUUGGGCCUACAAGCCUGAGUCGAGUCCCGGCUCCCGUCAGAUCCAGCUCUGGCAUUUUAUCCUGGAGCUGCUGCGCAAGGAGGAGUAUCAUGACGUCAUCGCCUGGCAAGGAGACUAUGGCGAGUUUGUCAUCAAGGACCCUGACGAGGUGGCCCGGCUCUGGGGGGUGAGGAAAUGCAAGCCUCAGAUGAACUACGACAAGUUGAGCCGGGCCCUGAGGUAUUACUACAACAAGCGGAUCCUGCACAAGACCAAGGGCAAACGCUUUACCUACAAGUUCAACUUCAACAAAUUGGUGCUUGUCAACUACCCUUUCAUUGACAUGGGCAUGGCAGGUGGGGCAGUGCCCCAGAGUGCCCCGCCUGUGCCCUCCGGUGGCUCACAUUUCCGCUUCCCCCCUGCCACCCCAUCCGAUGCCCUGUCACCUGCCGAGGACCUGCGUUCGCCGGGGGUGUUCUCCGCCGUGGCGCGCCGCCUAGCCCGGGGCUCGGUCAGCGACUGCAGCGAUGGCACCUCGGCCAACUCAGAAGUGGAAGAGUCUUUGGCCGAAGAGCAGAGACGUGGCGGGGGAGAGGCGGGUGGAUUCCGUGGCCCCCCAUUGCCCAGCCAUCCGCGUUUGACCCAUGAUGCCCUCUUCAGGAUUUAUCCUCGCCCGCGGGUUCCUGAGCCUCUCAGCCCGUUCCCUGUGUCACCCAUGGCUGGGCCCGCUGCUCUCCUGCCCCCCCAGUUGUCCCCUGCCCUCCCCCUCACCCCCACCCACAUGAAUUACACUCCCUCGCCCACCCUCAGCCCCAUGUAUCCAAGCGGCUCCCACUUCUCCUUCAACCCCGAGGACAUGAAGCGCUACCUCCAAGCUCACACCCAGAGUGUGUAUAACUACCAUCUCAGCCCCAGAGCUUUCCUCCACUACCCCAACAUUGUCAUCCCGCAGCCCCAGCGCCUCGAGAAGCCCCCGCUUCCCCCUCCACCCCCACAGGCUGAGGAGCCCCCAAGCCCUUUCAAAUUCAAGCUACAGCCACCCCCGCUGGGCCGCCGCAAUCGUGACAAGCAGCCUCCGCCAGCGCCCGCCGUGCCCCCAGGAGAACCCAGCGGUGCCCUCCCGGCUUCCUCCUCCUCCUCUGCAGCUGCUCCGGAGCCCCUUGUCCCCCAGAUCAAAGUGGAGCCCAUCUCUGAGGGGGAGUCCGAGGAAGACCUCACCGUGGAGGUCACUGACAUCAGCGAGGACGACGAGGAGGUCUUCAAGGCCCCUUCGGCCCCCCUCGAGAAGACCGAAGACGGGGAGACCCAGGCUUCGGUGCCCCCCGUGUCUCGGGCUGGGGAGAGGGGCAAGUGCAUCCCCCUCAAAUUGCGCUUCAAACGCCGCUGGAGCGAGGACCAGCGGCUGGAAGCCGGCGUGCCGGGCGAAGAAACUGACGACAAGAAAGUGAAGGGUGAGGACGAUGCCGGUGGGGAUGGAGGGGGAGGCCGGCGGAUCAGCACGGAGCUGCAGCAGGCCACGGCAGAGCUGACCCUCGAGAAUCGGGACUCCUAGACUGGGACGUGUGGCCCCCCCUGGACAGAUGGACAAACGAGGGGAGGUGGGCUGACUUUGCUGCCUUAACUCAGAGAUUAUCUUUUUCCUUUCCUCUCCUUCCCCUUUCCUUCCUUUUUGGGCCUGGAACUCUGUACGUGAUCUUCUUCUUUGGAAGCCAGAAAAGUGUAAGGGCGGGGAAGUUUUUACUUGUCUAUAUGCAUAUAUAAAUAUAAAUAUAUAUAUUAUAUAUAAAACCUCUUUGCAAGGGUGGGGGAUUUCUAAAAAUUAAUAUGCCAGGUUAAUUUUUAAGGGUUCUCUUUUCUCUUCCCCCUCCCCAAUAUGAUAAAAGCCUCAGGACCUUUUUAAUUAAGAUUGCCCCCAAAUACGGUGUAGUUAAAAAAGCAUUUUUGUGGCCUUUGUAGGGGGAUAGUAAGGGUCAUCUGAUGAAAGCUACCACCCCACUAUUUCCCCCUCCCCCACUCACAUACAAGCCUGCAAUUAGCAAUCUUAAGCACAAUACACUUUUUAAUCCCCCAGUGGAUCAAAAAGAGAGUUAGCCAUAUAUUCCCACUUCCCUCUCAUCUCCCCUUCCCAAUGCACCGUAAGUGGUUCGUGUGGGAUCAUGGAGACAUCCUUGUUUUGAAAACUCGUCCGUUGUAUUGCUGUGUCUUCUAACCUACAAAAAGAGCAAGGCCCCCACAUUUUCAUGUGCCAGGACAAAGCAUUUGUCCUGCCCUAAAGGGAGUCCCAUGCCACCGCAACCUCGCCUGUCUUGCCACCCCAUCGAUGGUUGAUGGAUGUCUUUGCGAAAUUUCAUCAUCAUGGCCAGUGGCAAAAGGGGAAUUUUCCAUCCACCUUUGGCCACCCCACCAAAGACUUCCCUUCAUAACAUUGCUAUAGGUAACCAAAUUAAAAAAAAAAAAUACAAGGGUGGGCUUGGGCAUAGUCUCUCAGCCUGUCCCACCGUAGGGUUGGGGAAUUAAGUGGUGGGUGGGAUCUGAAGGGUUUUUUUAAAGUGCCUGUUGAAAUACUGUUUCCAAGGGAACCUAAGCAGGGAGUGGGCAUUCCUUUUUCUCUGUCUGCACAACUGUUGUCCAUGAAACCUGGCUCUUCCUUUCUCCAUCCCUGCUUCCCCCCCCACCCCGUCCCCUGCAACCUCAGAAAUUAAGGCACUGUUUCCCCACCUCGUUGAAUAAUUCCGCCUUUCCCUUUUGCAAGGGAAUGUCUGGACCCACGCCAUCCUCCCCACUUCUGUGGAAGAGGGGCAACAAAGGGGACACUGCAGAGGGAUGGUGCCUUGGGAAAAAACAGGGAAUCUUGCAAUGCACCUAAUUUACCUCCCGAUUGUGCUCCAAAAUCCUUACAGGCAUAUUUGCCUUGACUUUCAGCUGCUCUCCACUCUGGCAGGACAGAGACUUUCCAGUUCUCCAAAGAGAGAGAUUUGCUGCAUGUAGACUAAGAAAACCCAAAAGAGCUGGCUAUGGGAUGCUGCCAUUAACCUGAAGGUGGGAUCUGGAAUUUUAGCUCCUCCCUGUGGGGUCAAUAUAAAGCAGCAACGUGCUUGAGGGUUGUUGUUUUGAGAUAUAUAUAUAUAUAUAUAUAUAUAUAUAUAUAUAUAUAUAUAUAUAUAUAUAUAGCGCCUUAUUCAGAUUCUUGUACAUAUCAAAGAAAAUGGGGUGUCGUUCAUUUUAAGAAUGUAAGAAAAAAUAAAAACCAAUAAAGGGUUUUGAGAUUUCAUAA